GCCGCCCCUCCCCCCGGAGCAUCGCCCAUCUGCCCCGCUGGGAACAUGGCGUCCGGCGGCUACCGGAGCAGCGGGGGCAGCACCACGGACUUUCUGGAGGAGUGGAAAGCCAAGCGGGAGAAGAUGCGGGCGAAGCAGGCGCCGCCGCUGCCGGGGGCACCGGCCGGGACUGACUGCAAAGCCCCCGGGAGCACCUCCUCGGCUGCCGAGCUCAACAGCACCCUGCACCCCGCCGGCCUGGCCGCUCCGCCGCACCCCCCGGAGCGGGGCGCCCCGUCCCCCAGCGGGGGCACGAAUGGUGUCCCCCUCUCCGCCAGAGCCGGCUCCAAGGAGCCCCCGCCCCCAGCCGGGGGCAGAGCGGCCGAGCCUGCGGGGAAGCCCCCCGCCGCGCCCGGCUCCCCGGAGGAGGAGAAGGCGGCGGCGAAGGGGAAAAGCUCCGGUCCCAGUGCCAGGAAGGGGAAGGGGCAGAUCGAGAAGAGGAAGCUGCGGGAGAAGAGGCGAUCGACAGGUGUGGUGAACAUCCCCGCCGCCGAGAGUCUAGACGAAUAUGACGAUGAUGAAACAGGACAGAAGGAGCGAAAGAGGGAAGAUGCUAUUACACAGCAGAAUACAAUGCAGAAUGAAUCUGCCAGUGUAGACCCAGGUGGCUCAUACCUAAUACAGGAAUCCUCUAGGACAGUUUCAAGCAGAUAUAAAAGUGCAACUAAUGCACCUGAAGAUGAUGGUCCAAAUCGAUAUUCCCGAACAGACAGGACAGGAUAUAGCAGAUACAGCAGGGAUGCAAAUUCUUCUGGGAAUUCUGUACCAAGCAGUGCUUUGGAAAAGAGGAUUGAAGAACUUGAAAGGGAACUAGCCAAGGAGAGGCAAGAAAAUGUAAGAUUAUUGAGGAUGACACAGGACAAAGAGGAACAGAUUGGGAAAUUGAAGGAAGAAAUUGAUUUAUUAAACAGAGACCUAGAUGAUAUAGAGGAUGAAAAUGAGCAAUUAAAGCAGGAAAAUAAGACCCUCUUAAAAGUUGUUGGACAGCUGACAAGGUAGAAGAUUCAAACCUCAAUGAGGAGAGAGAGAUUUAAAAACUACUGAUUGAUAAAGUCAACAUUACAGUAAUACUUCCUGUGUUGCAGUAUGUUAAAAUAACCAAGUCUUUAUAUUUAUUAUUAGGAAACCAGAUGGAUGUUUAUUUUCAUAACACAUUCUUUUUCAUUCAGUAAAAUGGCAUCAACUUUUGUGGGUAUUUUUAACCUUACCUUUCACAUCAAGAAUAAGUAACAAUUAUGAUAUCUUUCAAAAACAUUAAAUUCAUGGUGGUUGUAUUGGGUUUUGUCUUCUUACUACAUAUAAUCUGGUUAUAGUAGUUUAAAAAUCAGAGCGCCGGGAUCACUUUUGGUCUUUGUUGGGUGUAUAUUUUUCUCUUGAAUGAAAGGAAGCAAUAAAAAUAAGCUUUGUUUACACAGAUCCAAAAUAUAUAUUUUGGGAGAUAUUUUCAUUUUGUUUCGACCGCUGUAAAGUAUAGGUGCCUUAUUGAUGUGUAACAUUUUGCAGAUUGAUUACUUGUUCUAAAAUACAAACCUUGUAUGUUGUGAGUUUUUUACUAUAUCUGAAAGACAGACCAUUUUGAGAAGCGAUUUUCUUCUGUAUAGCAGUUGUCUUGGGGAAAAAUAAGUUGUUUUAUUAAAAAAAUUCAAUAAAUCAACUGUAGUUACCAACAUUAAAUUUUUUUGUAACAUGUCUAAGUUGUGCACUAUAGUAUGUCAUAAUGCUUGUGCUUUAGCAGUGAAAUGCAAAUUUACUAUCCUACAGUAAGUUUGUUUUGUGUAUUGAGAAUAUAAACAAAGCCUGGAGCUUUCAUUUUGCAAAAGUAUUAAAACAUAAUUAUA